GCCAAAUCCAUUCUAACCAGGACCAGCCUCUCCCUCUCAUUUUUUCCAACCCCUCAAAAACCCAAAAAAAUGAUAUUUUUCAAUCUCUCUGAAAACCAAAAAAGAAUCUGAUGUGCAUACUCUCAACCUUAUUUCUCUCUUCCAUGACCACCAACACUCCCUUUCUUCCCUUCUCUCCUCCAAAUUCCUCCAUGGCCAACAACCUUCAAUAGCAUGCCUCCAGUUCCAUAAUCUAACCUUGCUUUCUCUUUGCAUAUAUUCUCUGGUUUUUCUUAGCUUCUGCAGGCAGACCAUGACUUCUUCCUCCUACUGCUUGUCUUCUACAAGGAACAUUGUCACUCCAAGGGGUGCACAUUUCUUUCAUAGCAGCUGCAAUUCACAUCCAUCCUUGCCAAGAAGCCACUUCCCUUCACUCCCAAAUGAUACUACUCUCCCCAAGAGAGAAACCCUUCUUAAGUCAAAGCCUUUUCAGUUUCAGCCCAUUUUCAGGCUCAAAAGCUCCAAACUUCACCUCCCUUUCGCCAGCAUAUCUUCUUUUGCUGAAGCUGGUGGGGAAGAAGAGCACCACCACAAAGAAGGGAUUCAAAACAAACAAAGUGAUGGUGGUGAAGAUGACACGUCUGGAAUGGCUCAGGCUUUCCACAUAUCUUCAAGAACAGCUUUUGGCAUAUCAGUGUUCAUGGCUUUUGCUGCUCUUAGCCUGCCCUUGUUCAUGAAGUCACUAGGGCAAGGCCUGAGCUUGAAGAUCAAGGCUUUGUCUUAUGUAACUUUGCUUUUUGGGUUCUACAUGGCUUGGAAUAUUGGGGCCAAUGAUGUGGCUAAUGCCAUGGGCACUUCUGUGGGUUCUGGAGCUUUGACCUUGAGGCAGGCUGUGUUGACUGCUGGUGUUUUGGAGUUCUCUGGUGCUUUGUUGAUGGGAACCCAUGUCACCAGUACAAUGCAGAAAGGGAUCCUAGUGGCUAAUGUGUUUCAAGGGAAGGAUUCUCUGCUCUUUGCUGGCUUGCUUUCUUCUUUGGCUGCUGCUGGUACUUGGUUGCAGGUUGCCUCUUACUAUGGCUGGCCAGUUUCAACUACACACUGCAUCGUUGGAGCAAUGGUUGGGUUCGGUCUAGUCUACGGAGGAUCUGGUGCCGUCUUCUGGAGUUCACUAGCCAGAGUGACCUCAUCAUGGGUCAUCUCCCCAGUCUUGGGAGCAGCUGUCUCAUUCCUAGUCUACAAAUGCAUCCGUAGGUUUGUGUACAGUGCACCAAACCCAGGACAAGCUGCAGCAACAGCAGCACCAGUAGCAGUCUUCCUGGGCGUUUCUGGAAUCUCAUUUGCAGCUUUCCCUCUAAGCAAGACCCUUCCCAUUGCUCUCUUACAAGCAUUAGCCAGUGGAGCUGCUGGAGCAUUCAUAGUUUCCAAGAUCAUCCACAAACAGCUUGGUCCUCUCCUAGCCAAAGCUGCCACCUCUUCUUCAUCACAAUCUGACCCUAACUCCGAACCUAUCGGCUUCCUGUCCGACAUUGCUGGACCAACUGGCACACAACUCGAGAUAGUCUAUGGUGUUUUUGGUUACAUGCAAGUGCUAUCAGCUUGCUUCAUGUCAUUUGCACACGGAGGCAACGAUGUCUCGAACGCAAUAGGCCCACUGGCAGGGGCAUUGUCGAUUCUUCACGGCAGUGCAACUGGUGGGGGCGCCGAGAUUGUGAUCCCGCUGGAUGUCCUUGCAUGGGGAGGAUUUGGUAUAGUUGCUGGGCUUAUGAUGUGGGGGUAUAGAGUGAUAGCAACGAUCGGUAAGAAGAUCACUGAGCUUACUCCGACGAGAGGCUUUGCAGCUGAAUUCGCUGCAGCCUCAGUGGUUCUUGGUGCAUCAAAACUCGGCCUCCCUAUCUCGGCAACCCAUACUCUUGUAGGGGCUGUGAUGGGGGUGGGGUUUGCCAGAGGGUUAAACAGUGUGCGAGCUGAGACCGUGAGAGAGAUUGUGACUUCAUGGAUAGUGACGAUUCCAGUUGGUGGUACAUUUGCAGUGCUCUACACUUGGAUCUUCACCAAGGUUUUGUCUUCUUGGAUAAUACUGUGAGCUCGUCAGAUUAAUUUAUUCUGAGAGACCUGAUUACUGUUGAGUUUUGACCUUUAAAUAUAUCUCCUUUACCAUGGAUGGCACAUUGUAUUUGGAGGAAAUUUCUGAAGCAUCUUAUUAUGGGUUUGUCCAGUCUUCAGGAUGUGUAUUAUGAUGGUACUUGCUGACAACAUAUGUUGUCUUGCAGUUUUUACACAACAUGAUGCUUAGUACUAAGACUUAAUUAGUUGCCCAUACUUGGAUUG